UUGCAUCCUUGGAGAUCAACUGAAUUCUGAACUCGAACACGAUGGAGAACAACACAACCAUCUUUCAGGAUGUUCGGAAUCUGACAGAAAUACCUCUGAACCCCCUUGAGGAGCAGGUCAUAACAAUAUUUUUGACAAUGCUCAUCUGUGGAGUUGGGAUUGCUGGGAAUAUCAUGGUGGUACUAGUUGUGCUGCGCACUAAACACAUGGUGACCCCGACCAACUGUUACCUCGUCAGUCUGGCCAUCGCAGACCUCAUUGUGCUCCUGGCUGCAGGGUUGCCAAACAUCUCUGAUGUUGUAGCCUUCUGGAUAUACGGCUACACAGGCUGCUUGUGUAUAACUUACCUUCAGUACCUGGGAAUCAACGUGUCAUCCUGCUCCAUAACGGCGUUCACCAUCGAACGAUACAUUGCUAUUUGUCACUCCAUAAAAGCACAGUUCAUAUGCACCGUUUCCCGGGCCAAGAGGAUCAUAGCUGGGGUCUGGGUCUUUACCUCACUCUACUGCAUUAUGUGGUUCUUCUUGGUGGACACAGAUGAAACUGUCUAUACCAACGGAGUGGUGGUCACUUGUGGCUACCGUGUCUCCAGGAGCCUCUACAUGCCAAUCUACUUCCUGGACUUCACUCUGUUUUAUGUGAUCCCCCUGAUUGUGGCUACCGUGCUCUACGGACUCAUCGCAAGGAUUUUGUUCAUGAGCCCUCUGCCGUCGCAUCUCAACGACCGAGCCGGAGGAGGGUCGGUUCACCAGGGUCACUCUAACAGCACCAACAAGGCCAACAAGGGUGCGGUCUCUGCGAGGAAACAGAUAACAAAGAUGCUGGCCGUGGUGGUCGUCCUCUUCGCCUUACUCUGGAUGCCCUACCGAACACUGGUGGUGGUCAACUCCUUCAUCGACCCGCCUUACCACGACACCUGGUUCCUGCUCUUCUGCCGGAUGUGCAUCUACACCAACAGUGCCAUCAACCCCAUCAUUUACAACCUCAUGUCUCAGAAGUUUCGCGUCGCCUUCAAAAAGCUCUGCAAGUGCAGCUGGCGACACAAGGAGAAGGCGGUCGAGUAUAAUGUGCCGAUGUAUUACAGCGUGAUGAAGGAUUCGUCCCAUGAGAGUAAUGAACCUGUCACGGAGCAGGAGGACGUGAGCGGCCAAACCAACAAGAGGUUCAAAGUAACAAAUGAUGAGACAAGCACUUUCAGCAUCUCUUAAUAACAGUUGUAAUGAGUUUGUUUUGUUCUUUAGGACAGACUGUGUGUAUGAUAAAUUAUUUGUGGGUAUCUUGCAUUUUAUUGUUUAAAAUUAAUGUUAUUUCUUGAAGCCGGAAUCUGUGGAUAUUCUUUAUGUUUGCUGUGACACAGGUUGUGUUUGUGCUGUUUGUAGUUGUGGUGAAGUUGUGUAAAUAAGUAUUUAACAUCAGGCUUUAGUAUAUAUUUCAAACUGUUUAGUGUUGAACUGUGGAAAUACUGUACUCACAAUUUUAGUGCACAGAAGACAUGAAAUAAGAAGGACCAGGAACGACUGACAUUUUAUGUGAUACUGAUGCUGUGGGGGCAUUUUUGGACUUUUCCUCUCCAGCAAUAUUCAGACUUUAUGUUAACUAGUUCUACCCAACAAGGACCUAAGCGUGCUCUUCAGCGGCACUUAUAAAAACACAGUUCAGUUCAAUGCAUCAGAACAUGCGCCAAAGGUUUUUUUCAAUCAAAAAGUUUCACCAAUGAUCCUCAAGAGACAAAGACCCACAUUCGAUCUGAGGGCAAACUAAUUGUCAUCAGAUGUGAACUACUAAUGAAAAAAUAGAACAUAAACGAUAACCUGAAAUUAGUUCUGACUCCAACUCUGCAUGAGGGAAAAGUUUGUCAUUAGAUUUCCAGCCUGACCAAACUGAGGCAGCAGGAGCUAAUGACCACGGGAGCUCUGACAGCAAACAAAUCAGCUCCAAUUCACAACAUCAUCCGAGUCAGGGAAGGAAAAUAGUUGUCAUUUAAGCCACUGGAGAUGUGCAACAACUCUGACAGCAACUAUAUUAUUGAAAAAAUAUUGUGAUGCUAAUUGUUGUCAACAAGUUUGCAGUCUCUCUCGUCUUGUGCUGUCUGCCACAACACUGCAUGUCUCUGCAUCUCAACAUAUCCAGCUCUCUACUUGUCAUAUACCUUGAUAUUGAAUAUUUAAAACAACCAUUGGUAGACACAUGUAUAAAUCCUCUUCAUGGUUACAUGUUUGAUCCAGAACGUGAUCCUGUGUGAUUACAUUUUGUAAACAGGCUUUGCGGUUUCCUGUGGACCGUGGGAUUAACAAAUCCCUUUACAAUCCUAAAAAUGUAUGCAUUCUCUUUAUUUAUGAGAGUUUUGUGUG